AUGGUACUCUUCACCAAGCUCCUCAUCAUCGUCGCGGCCGCUGCUGUGGUCGCAUUUCCACCACGUCGGGCUGCCGACCAUGCUGAUGUUGUGCCAGGAAAGUAUAUUGUUACUCUAAAGGGCGAUGCUGACGUGGAGUCCCACAUCGCCUGGGUUAAAUCUCUGCAUCCGCGUAACUCGUGUAGUCCUCACACGAAGGCUGUGGAGAAGGUAUGGACUGAAAGUUUCAAGGGAUACUCGGGCGAGUUUGAUGAAGCCACGCUGAAGCAAAUCACCAGCAGGGAAGAUGUCGUCGGCAUUGAGCCGCACAAUUGCCCCUGGGGGCUCAUAUCCCUUUCCCACCGCGAACCCGACGGGAGACGAUAUGACUACUGGGGUUCAGCUGGAGAAGGCACCUGGGUCUAUGUCCUUGACACAGGCAUUUAUACAGAGAAUCUCGAUUUCGAGGGUCGCGCUCACUUGGGUUAUAAUGCCAUACCAAGCAUACCAUUCGAAGAUACCAAUGGCCACGGAACCCAUUGUGCGGGUACGAUCAUCGGCAAGCGCUUUGGCGUCGCAAAGAAUGCCCAGGCAAUCGCCGUGAAAGUCCUGGAUGGAGACUCGGGCGACACUGCCACUGUGAUCGACGGUCUCGAAUGGGCUGUGAGCAACAUUACGAAGACUCCUGGCCGAGCUGCCAACGCGGUUGUUUCGAUGUCCCUGGGCGGCCCUUACUCGCUUGCGCUCAACACGGCGGUGAAGAAUGCCUACCACGCGGGAGUUCUCUCAGUUGUGGCGGCUGGAAACAGCGGUCUACCGGCCGAACUCUUCUCGCCAGCAUCCGAGUCAACGGCCAUUACCGUAGCGGCCAUCGACGUCAGUCGGCGAAAGGCAGGAUUUGCCAAUUUUGGAGCAUCGGUGGACGUCUUCGCCGCCGGAGUCGACGUCGAGAGCGCGUACAUUGGCGCCCCAGACGCAUUUGCCGCUCUGAGCGGAACAAGUAUGGCCACAUCUUACAUUGCUGGUCUUGCCUUGUACCUCAAGCGGCUAGAAUAUGGAACGGAGAGUCCGGGUGGAGUGACAGCAAGGAUCCAAGAACUGGCAACGAGAGACGUCGUACAGGAGUCUGGGCCACUGACGCCCAACCUGCUGGCAUACAAUAAUUUCCCAGCCCAGGGGCCAUGUCCGGGCUGUGGUUGA